AGAUGCUUCUACUGUAGUUGACAAGCCGGUGGUUCUUCUUCUCUUUCUGGCCAUGAAGAGUGCGUCUGAAACUUAGAUGAGUACAUGAAGACUGCAGCAUCAAAUCUCAUUGGACGUCGGCAGUACUCCACAACUCGAAUGUCCUAAACAGAUUAAAAAAGGGCAGCAGCACAGCAGUAAAAAGAACUAAAGUAAUAAAAGGCAGAAGUACCUUGCAAGCGUAUUUAGCCACCAAAGGCUGAGACUGAAACAAAAUGAACGAGCAUCCAAAGAAGAGGAAGAGGAAGACUCUGCACCCUUCACGCUAUUCAGAUUCUUCAGGUUUACCAAAAUACAUAGACAAUAGUGGCAUAUUUUCUGACCACUGUUACAGCGUCUGUUCUAUGAAACAGCUAGAUGUGAAAGUUUCUGAUAAUCGAGGUAGAUUUCAUACUGCAGUACACAGUACAGACACUGAUGACGAUGGCAGCCCAGUGCAUGCUGGGACAUCUCAUUGGAGUGGGGCCCAGUCUAAUGCCAUGGGGCCACACUUCGUGGACUCUAAAAAGAAAGACAAACCAGCUAAUAAUGGCAUUUACAAGGACACCUGUGAUUCACCUAUCUUCAGUGACACCUUAACCGAAGAAGAAAAACCUCUGGAUAUUCAGACAGUGGAGAUUUCCACUACGGAAGUCCAGGCCGUGGAAGUUCACGACAUAGAAACUCAGACGGUCUCCCCCGAAAAGCUGGAGGCGGAGGAUGCCGAGGACGUCCCCACGGAAGGCUGCAAGGUGCCGGGGAAGAACCCUCCCCUGAACGUCACCAUCCAGCCCAAGUGGCCUUUGCUCCGGGCCAACAGCAGCGGCCUGUACAAGUGCGAACGCUGCACGUUCAACAGCAAGUAUUUCUCCGAUUUGAAGCAGCACAUCGUCCUGAAGCACAAGACGUGUGUGGAGGGCAACAUCUGUCGGGUCUGCAAGGAGAGCUUCUCCUCGAAGAAAGUGCUCAUCGAACACUUGAAAAUCCACGAGGAGGACCCUUACAUCUGCAAAUACUGCGACUACAAGACGGUGAUGUUUGAGAACCUGAGCCAGCACAUAGCCGACACGCACUUCAGCGACCACCUGUACUGGUGCGAGCAGUGCGAUGUCCAGUUCUCCUCCAGCAGCGAGCUGUACCUCCACUUCCAGGAGCACAGCUGCGACGAGCAGUACCUGUGCCAGUUCUGCGAGCACGAGACCAGCGACCCGGAGGACUUGCACAGCCACGUGGUGAACGAGCACGCGGGGCGGCUGAUCGAGCUGAGCGACAGCUACCACAGCCGCCAGCCGGCGGGGCAGUACAGCCUGGUCAACAAGAUCAGCUUCGACAAGUGCAAGAACUUCUUUGUGUGCCAGGUGUGCGGCUUCCGCAGCAGGCUGCACACCAACGUCAACCGGCACGUGGCGAUCGAGCACACCAAAAUCUUCCCCCACGUCUGCGACGACUGCGGGAAGGGCUUUUCGGGCAUGCUGGAGUACUGCAAACACUUGAACACUCACGUCUCCGAAGGGAUCUACUUGUGCCAAUACUGUGAAUAUUCCACAGGGCAGAUCGGAGACCUCAAGAUUCACUUGGACUUCAGGCAUUCCGCCGAGUUGCCUCACAAGUGCACCGAUUGCUUAAUGAGGUUUGGCAGCGAGAAAGACCUCUUGAGUCACCUGUCGAUGCACGAAAGUGCUUGAUUGGUUUCGUUUGUUUGUAUGUUUUCUCCCCUAGCCCAGAAUAUUAGAAUCAAAACGUAAUUUCCCCCAUGCUGUCUUAAGACCAAACCACAAACACAUUUCUCUUCUCCACCCUCUUCCAGCUCCCUCGUUUCCCUGGAAGAUGGUCACAGCUGGCAUAGCCACGAUUGUGACACAGCCCUGACCGCAGUGGAACCCUGCGCAUUGCCCUGAUCGGGCAGGCAGUGGUACCGUGGGGUACUGUGAGCAGGCCACAGACAAGUCAGCUAUAACUGUUCAAUCUUAAGACACAUGUAAAGACACACGCGCACAAACACACCAUUUCACUUACGCCUCUCUGCUCACAGACUGUCCACAAGGCGUUCGACAUACUUAUAGUUACUGAAGUGCAAUAAGUAGUUUCAUCUCUGUGCUUUGUAUUUGCUGGCUUCAGUGUUUGGUGGGCUCAGUAGAAGAUAAACACAUCCACAUAGCUGACUGUUCAGUCCUAGGGUGGGUGGGACGGAUUGCGUGUUUCACUGAAUUGUUCACGGUGUAAUAAUAGCAUGUUAUCAUUGACGUCUUAAGGCACAAAUCGCAUAAAGUCCUUUUGUACGUACGGAGGGAAAUAAAUGCCCUGACGAACUCGUACAUCGCUGUGUUCAUAUUAGUCUCUGGUGGGCAAAGGGAGCUUUGACUCUUAAAAGCUGACACCCUGGAAAUGUUGUCGGUCUUUAGGACGCUGCUGGGCUUGAACCUAGCCGCGUUCCUAUCAGUAUCAUGUAAAGGUAAAGGUUCCCUUGCUCGAAAGCCAGUCAAGU